AAUUAUACUCUCCUUGUCUUAGCAACGUUGUAGCGACACCGUUUCAUGUGGAAAAAUCGCCAUUGUAAAUCAAGUUUUAAAGAACUUUAAAAACUUGAAAGAUGGCACAGGGGGAUCCUAUGAAGUGGCAUAUGCCUGGCUGGAGAAUAGAACAGCGGUUUUCACCUGGCGUAUUGAUAGGAAAUUGGGGAGAGGAAAGAUACACGUUCAAGAAAGGAGAUACAAAACAUAACAGCACACACAGAGUUGACUUCAGAAACUAUGGAACAUACAAGCCAGAUGUCAUAGUUCGACGAAAGGCUUUAAUGAGAAAUGAUGGACUGGGGCAGGAACAUAUUUUCCACCACCAUGGAGAGAAGUACAAUCAGAACAAGAUCUCGUGGUAUGAUGAGCAGUACAAUGGCCGAUACAAAGAGAACACACUACCAUCCUUACGUGACUGGAACAGUCACAAGCUCUCCUGGGCACCAGAGAAAUCCGAUUAUCCCCUACAGGGUAAGGCCACAAACUUUGGACUGCAUGAGCAGCUACAAUCCAAAUGGAAGGACCAGAUCGCAGAUGAAGUCAAGGGAGAUUACUUGUCUACCUACCAGAAUUCCUAUGUAGGACCCCCCAGAGAGAAUCUGGUCAGGAAUAGGUUUGCCAUUUCUAAAGAUAUGUCUACAACUUUACAUCCAUACAACAAAGUCAACAAAGACCUUCACUUGAGAAACACAGUAGCAUUCAAAUCACCCGAAAAACUCCCCGACUUAGUAUACACAUAAAACUUGUAGUGGUCUUUACUUUCAAUGAAUGUUUUUUCCCCUAAUCAUGUAAUACUCAUUUUAAACUGUCUCUCCUUAAUAUUUUCCUUCAUCAUCCUUGUUUCUAAAAUGAUAAGAAAUUUAUGUAUUAAUUCAUUUUUUUUCAUUAAAGAACUCUUUCAUUUCUGUUAUAAUUCU